AAUGGCUACAAAUUUUAUUUCUUUAAGAGAAUUAGAAUAAUUGGCUUCAAUUAAAUUAGAUUCAAAUGCAUAUCAAUACUAUAGAUCAGGAGCAAAUGAAGAAAUCACAAAAAAAGAGAAUAUGGAUGCAUUUUAAAGAAUUUAUUUGAAUCCUAGAGUUCUUAGAGAUGUCUCAAAAAUUUGUACUAAAACUAAAAUAUUGGGUCAUCAAAUUGAUUUACCAAUUGGUAUAGCUCCUGUAGCUAUGUUAAAAUUAGUAUUGAAAUUAUUUUUAAUAUAAAGGCUCAUCCUUUAGGUGAGGAAGUAACUGCUUCAUUAGCUCAUUAAUGGAAAGUACCAUUUACAUUAACUACAUUAUCUACUUUGUCUUAAUCUGAAGUAGCUAAACAUAACAAAGAUGGUUUGAGAUUUUAAUAAUUGUAUAUACAAAAAAAUAGAUAAUUAACAGAGGCAUUAGUAAGAAAAGCAGAAAAGGAAGGAUUUAAAGGUUUAGUAUUAACAGUAGACGCACCUAUCUUGGGCAAGAGAGAAGCUGAUGAGAAAUAACGGUACUAUCAUUAAAUAACCAAGAUUUGUAUUGCCUCCUCAUUUAAAGUUGGAAAUUUUGGAAGAGUUAGCAAAUGAAGCAAAUAUUAAAUUAUAAUCAGUGGCUAAUAAUCAAGGUUCAGGAUUAUUGAAGUUUUUUGCAGAAUAAUUAGAUUAAACAGUGAAUUGGAAUGAUAUCAAAUGGUUGAGAUCAAUUACUAAGGUUCCAAUAAUUUUAAAGGGAAUUCAAUGUGGAUAGGAUGCUAAAUUGGCAGUUGAACAUGGUGUUGAUGCCAUAUGGGUUUCAAAUCAUGGUGGAAGACAAUUAGAUACAGUGAGAGCUACUGUUGAUAUGUUACCAGAAAUAGUGGCAGCAGCUGGUUCUUUGGAAGUAUAUGUGGAUAGUGGAGUAAGAAAUGGAACAGAUGUGUAUAAAUGUUUGGCUUUAGGUGCUAAAUGUGUAUUUGUUGGAAGACCUGCUAUUUACAGUACAGCAAUUGGUGGAAAGGAGGGACUCAAUAAAAUGUUUUAGAUUUUAUAGUCAGAAUUGGUUUCAACUAUGUAAUUGAUGGGUGUGACAUCAAUUUAAGAAAUCAAGAGUGAUGGCAUAGUACCAAAAUCAAAAUUAUGA